AUGCGAAACUCGAGUCUCAACGAGGAAAAACACGUUAAACAAGCCGCACAACACCAAGACUCUAAAAUGAAUGCCGUAAUAUUCAACGGACCUCGGAAGAUAGACGUCGAAAAACGCCCCAAGCCCACUCUUAGAGAUCCUACAGAUGCUAUUGUCAAGGUGACUUCCGCAGGCAUCUGCGGUUCGGAACUGCAUAUGUAUCGAGGUCAUCAGAAGACGGCAACAGGGCAUAUCAUGGGUCAUGAGUUUGUAGGGUUUAUCGAAGAAGUAGGAUCAGACGUACGAAGUUUCCAAGUUGGCCAGAAGGUUGUUUGUACGUUCUCUCCGGUCUGCAUGUGCUGCUGGUUCUGUGAGCAUGGCUACAGCAAUCGAUGUCCCGAGGGCCUGGCACCAUUUGGCACACAGGGUUUAGCAGGAGGACAAGCAGAGUACGUUCGGGUACCGUUUGCGGAUGGCACGUUGAAAUCGACGCCAGAGGGGGUUGAUGACGAACUCUUGAUCAUGAUGUGCGAUAUAUUCCCCACGGGACACUACGGCGCCAUGAGAGCCAUCGAAUGUUUCCGCUCCUCAGAUCUGGUGAAUGGUAAUCAUUACACUGACCUCGAUUCGCCAAAACGUAGCGGAUUGUCGAAGUCGCAAUCGUUAGAAGAAGCGGUCUUCGUGUGUCUAGGGUGUGGCCCAGUUGGACUCUGCGCCAUUUUGACGGCGCGGUCCAAAGGGGUGAGAACGAUCUACGUUGUCGAUAGUGUCGAUGAUCGACUGGACCAGGCGGCGAAACUCGGCGGUAUUCCACUCAAGCUGGGUCGAGACGACGUACAAGCGAAGGUUAUGAAGGCGACGCAAGGUCGCGGCGCUGACGCAGUCAUUGAAGUUGUUGGAAACAACGCGGCACUGAGAUCAGCAUUCGAUCUUCUCCGGCCUUGUGGCGUUCUGUCAUCUAUUGGGUUUCACCAGGGAGACCUACCAUUCACAGCGCUUGAAUGCUACCAGAAGAAUUUGAACAUCAAUCUCGGCAGAGCACCCGUGAGAACAGUCUUCGACGAGGCGAUGGAAGUGGUGGCGGCGAAUAAGGAGAAGCUUGCCAGCAUGGUCACGCAUCGUCUCCCAUUAUCAAAAGCGGCUUACGGGUACGAGAUCUUCGAGAAGCAGCUUGCCAGAAAAGUCAUCCUGGUGCCGUGA